CCUUCGGCUCCCAGUUGCCGUCCAAAAACGCCGAGAUGCAGGACCAGUUUAGCUCGCGCGUGGGAAAAUAAAAAAGUGCGUCUGACUGCAGCGGCCCCUUUGCAAAACAACGCACACAUGGCGAGUCAAGCCUCCCCAAGAUCGACGCCAGGCGCGGUGAUCAUGGUCCCCCCGAAGCACCGAGAAGAUGGCGCUCGUGGCCCAGCCCUACCGGCUGUCCGGAGCAAUAGUUACCGUAGGGCAUGCGAUCCGCGCCGGCCCAACCGGUUAGAGGUGGUCCCGCGUCUCAUCUCGUCUUGUUUCGGUGAGGUUUGCGGCCGAAUCCAACAUGAACGUCGGGAUUCCACCACCGCCAUUACGAUGCCUCGGCUCACGGCUGAGCAUGACGCAAGGCCGGUCUAUCAAAUGUCCCUUGACCACCCAGAACCGCAUCCUUACCGCCGUUCGACAUCCUGAAACCCCCCCUGAUCGAUGGCCGCUCCCCACACACGUCUCUCCCCCUCCCCUUGCUACCGGGAGUCGCCCACGAUCCACGGGUUGACCACGGCGAGGUUUCCCAGAAGCAGGAGUGGGGUCCGCCUUACAGCCCAGUCAGUCCCCAGGCCAGCCCUGUCAGGAAGGGCCAACUGAGCGUUGCAAUGCCCUGAAGAAACGCCGACGGAGAUUAUACGGCGGGUACUGAGCAUAUCAGAGCCAUGAUA